AUGGGCAAAUUGCUAUUUAUCCAUGUUAAAAGUUUCCUUCUAGAGCAUUUGGGUGCUGCCGACUGCUUCUCCACAAUGGAACGAUUUGCAACAACACUAUCUAAAUUAGCACAGCAAUUAGCAAGAUUAUUAGCAGAGGAACUGGGACAUUAUAAUAAGUCAAAUUAUUUCAAAGAAACAUGUUUGCCAAGCACUUGCUACCUAAGAAUGAACAGAUAUCCACCUUGCCCUAUUUAUCGACAACUGUUUGGAUUAAUGCCACACACUGACAGUGAUUUCCUCACAAUAUUGCAUCAAGAUGAAAUUGGAGGGUUGCAAUUAUUCAGAGAUGGGAAAUGGAUCUCUGUUAAGCCUAAUCCUCAAGCUCUUAUCAUCAAUAUAGGAGACCUAUUCCAGGCAUGGAGCAAUGGUAUUUAUAGAAGUGUUGAACAUAGAGUUGUGACAAAUAAAGUAAAAGAGAGGUUCUUAACUGCAUUGUUCUUAUGUCCCUCUUAUGACACAGAAAUACUUAGCUGUGUUGAACCUUCUGUUUAUAGAAAAUUUACAUUUAAAGAAUUUAGACAACAAGUCCAAGAGGAUGUCAAGAAAUUUGGUUAUAAAGUAGGUCUUCCUAGGUUUCUUGUAUCAAGCCACUAAACAAAAAUUUUGCAAUCAAAUUACUAUAUCACGACUUUAAAUAGUUAAAAGGCAAGAGCCUUAGU